AUGGCGCGUUGGUUGUAUUUCUCCGACGUCUGCUUGGCAUCACCGCAUCACGUCGCCACUCUGCCUGCAGCUGCCACACGGUUUGCAUACCAUCGCCCCUUCUCUCAGGCCCACGUCUUAUUCCCAAGACAAGCAAGAACUGUGGUGAUUAGUAACGAUUCCUCCGACUGCAAUAGAAAGGGGGCGACCAGAGCAUGA